UCGGUUGAUCACGUGCAAGCGCCCGGCUGUGCAUGGCCUCGAGUUCAUACUACUACGCUACCACUAGUGUAGUAAUAGUACUACUACUGUACAUGUGUUCAUACACAAUUACAAUAAUUUUUUUUUUUACGUGUAGCCAGGCAGUGCCGCACUAGAUGACGGAGAAGCUCCACACGAUAGUCCAGCCUGAACUUGCGGAACCGAAAAUCAUGUACCGUUUUAUUGAAUCAAGCUGCACCUCCAACAGUCCUCAAGAACGGUCUCGUUCGUCCAAUCUCGUUGGGCCAUGUCACACUACGCACAUCUCCCUGUCCCAAGCGCAACUCACGCCAACUGAGAAGGCUGCGAUCAUGCAAGCUGCAGAGUUGAGAAGGAAGAAUCGUGCAGAAGUUAACAAGUCUGAGUCAUCUGAAGCCCUGUUCACAUGUAAGGCCCAGUCCGACAGGCCAAAAGUACUGCACUUAAAAAGCAAGCUUACAUCCUGCGAUAUGGAUGGGUUAGCACUAAGGACGGACACCGGACAUCAUCUUCUCGCACGAUACCGCAGGACACAGAACAGUAUGGAUCUCUGCCCCAUGGAUCAUCCCUACCGCCCUGCAGUGCUGUUCAAUCUAGCCACCGCAAAGUUUCUGAAGGAAGAUACCUCGAGCUCGACAUACCUAUCCCUCUUUUUCAAGACGUGCUGA